AUUCUCCCCUCCUCCAGGAAGAUCCAUCCAUCAGACGGGAAUUGCUCUCACCAAACCUACAUACUACCGGAGAUCCUUGAGAUCAGUGACUUCUGAUGCAUGCUGGUCAUAGAGCCCCCAGUCGAGCCGCCUGUCUUGCCUGUCGCGCGCGCAAGAUCCGAUGCGACGGACGGAGUCCAUGUAGCAGAUGUUCUUACAAAGGAUUGAAUUGUGUCUAUCGUCCCAGCCGUCGGGGCGGGAUCCGUCGCGGUGGUGCGCCCAAGUCGCCGGUCACCGAGGCUCCGGCUCCAGUCCACAACCCUACCUUUCCGCCUCUGCACAACCCCCAGCACGCAUUUGCAGCCCCUGCGUCGACUCAAGUGACAGGAGAUGAAGAGUACCUGGCAAGUAUUUUCAAUCUACUCGAUCCUCUUGGUGGGAUUCGCAACCUGGAUGUGGAUGGGAUCGAUGGGUCGAGAUAUGAUGCUUGGAGUGGAGUGCCAGCGGCAGCAGCCCCGGACAACAAUGUUUGCGAUCCCAUGGGAGAUGUGAUGGGCACGAGCUCUCUCGUACCUCUGCGCGCAUAUACAUCCGAUGAGGACAUAGUCAAUGCUUACUAUGUACACAUCCAUCCAUUCUUACCUAUACUUCCGCCUCCUCUGACAACGAACCGAAUUGAAGAUCGACCGUCGGCGAUUCAAGUUCCGCAGGGACAAGUCAGGACUAUCCAAGAAUCCUCUUUCCCACACUGGCCGGCUUCCGUGCUCACCCUGGCCAUCUCAGCCAUUCUGGUAUCAAUUCCUCUGCCUUCUGACUCCGAGCCGAGUUUGGAAUCGAGUAUUACGUUGAGACGAUUCGCGGCACAGCAAUUCGCAGAAGCGGCGUUUCGCGCAGUGGACAACGAGAUCGAUGCGAUUCCUCGAACACCACCCUACACAACUAACUUUGCAGGGGCCGCCACCGGUGACAACGACAUCUCGCCAGUGUCUUCCGUCCUAGCCUUAAUACUACUCAGUAUCCAUGAAUACUGCCAGCGAGGGAACGUGUCACGUAUGCGGCGUCGCGCUAACCAGGCGAUCACGGCCGCCAUGGAUCUCCGCUUGCAUAGCCUGGGCGCUGCGGCAACCGAGGCACAGCGCCGGGCGUGGUGGGGUGCGAUGUUCGUUCUGUAUCUGUCAUCCAUCGAUCAAGACGUAGUGCCUAUCAUCACACUUGAUGACCAGAGGAUCACGACCCCGUAUCCUGCCAUCCACAACCACUCGGAGUUAUGGCCCCUUCUACUCCAAGCCGAAACAGCCAUCCUAUCUGUCUCGCACACCUUGCAUAACCGACACAGCCCUCCAGCGCUAGCAGCCGCUUCUCCUCCCCAGAUCAAUGCUGAAAUCACGCAACUGGACUCGACCAUCCUCGAAAUAACGCGCAAGCUGGACCGCUCACCCCGACCUGAAUCCAGGACCCAUGUCGAAGAACAAGCCCUCUUAACAGCGUGGGCAAUCGCCCGGUCCUUGGCCUAUUCAGCCCGCGUGCGACUGCAUCGUUCCCGCGCCUUCAGCAACAUUCCCCCCAUAUUCAUCCACAAGCACUGCGACCUCCCCAGCCACCACGAUCCCACCCGUCCCCCGCAUUCAACACCCGAAGACCGGAUCCUCGCCGCUGCCGCCUUCCCAUUCACAGAAGCGCAGUCCUCCCUGAUCCGUCUGAAAGCCUCCCUGGCCAUGGCGCGUGCCUACGAGAGGAUCACAGCCAUUGCCACCGGGGGUGCUGUGCACCGCGGAGCACCAUACCCCCAACCGACUGGAGCAUCGCACGCCUCCUCCGCGGAGAGAUUUGGUCUUCCCACCCCAGCGCGAGUUCCACCUCGAACGCACAUCAUACCGUUCUUUCUCUGCGGCGCGAUGCAGGCCUCGUACAUCCUGCUCAUGACUUACCAUCAGCUUCGGGCGGCGCUCUGGUCGACGGGGGAGGAUCCGCGGGUCUCUUUGUCCAAGUACGUGCACCUACUUCCGCACCCGGUGGAGCCGGGAUCCGAGAUCCAGGAUGUGGAGCGGCUGCUGCGGGAGAUACAGCAGGGCGUGGACUUGAUUCUUGGGGUCAUGCGGUUGACGGUUAUGUUUGAGGAGGUUGGGGGGAUGGCGGCGGAGGUCCAGAGCGCAUAUUAUUCGCUGAGUGGUGGUGAAUUGUAAUUAUCUGUUUUGUUC